ACGCGAAAUCAAGCGGCGAAGUGGGCUAAACGGGCCGCUCUGCACCAAUCGCAUUUGUAAAUAAUGACUUGCGUGAUGCUCAGCAGGUCUUGCGCCCGAGAGUCUGACUUGAAUGCCCCGUCUGCAAAGCUAAACCACCGGCGUUUUCGGGCCUUGCUUAAGAAGCUCAGGAGAAAAAAGAUUCGCCAGAAGGCUGCGCAGGAGAGGGACCGCAUCCUUCAGGUGGAAGAAAAGGUGCCCCUAUUGCCGUGUCAGGAAGAGCAGGAACAGGAAGAACAGGAGAGGUGGCGCCUUCCUCUGCUUUUAAAGGUGUGCCUUUGUCUCGACAACUCGCUGCAUUAUUUCUGGCAACGGCAGCAUGAGCUGUGGCUGGAACGGGAAGCGGAGGCACAGCGCGAAUUCAAGCAGCGAUGCCGCUUGGAGGAGGAGCGCAGAACAGCCCUUGCCAACCGGGCUGAGGAAGCCAGCAAAGAGGAGAGCCUGCAGCAAGUGCUGGCACAACUGCCCGUGGCAUCCCCUUCUCUGCCACUGACACCUCGGGAGGAAAGCUGGCAUAACCCACCGGCUCCCAGCAUGUAUGCACCGGCCGAGCCAUGCCCCUUUUACCUCAAGACGGGCGCCUGCCGCUUCGGUGACUGGUGCUCCCGGGCGCACCCACGUCCCGCAGUGAGCCGCACAUUGCUGCUGCGGAGCAUGUACAGUCACUUGUCCCUGGAGCAGCACCAUGGCGACGACAGCCUCGAGACGGACGAGCGUGAGCUGCAGGCCCACUUCGAGGCCUUCUUCUGGGACGUGCUGGAGGAACUACGUCGUGCUGGCACUGUCUGCCAACUGCGCGUGUGUCGAAACCUGGAGCCACAUCUGCGUGGAAACGUGUACGUCCAGUAUUCCAGUGAGGAGGAAGCGCAGCAGGCACUGACCAUGCUCAAUGGUCGAUGGUACGCGGGACGCCCGGUCAGCUGUGAGUUCAGCCCCGUCGAUCGUUGGAAAACGGCUGUUUGUGGCUUGUUCUUCCGGCGUGCCUGUCCCAAGGGUCGUGGCUGCAACUUCCUACAUGUUUUCCGCAACCCAACGGACGAAUGUUGGCACGAGAGCAGGUCUCCACCACCACAGCGCCAGCGUUCCCGCAGCCCUGUGGCCAAGAGGAGAAGACGAUCCAAGUCGCCACACAGAUCACAUAAGAGGUCACGUGCCUUGAGAUCAAGGUCAAAAUCAAGGUCAAAAUCAAGGUCGAAAUCAAAGAACCGAAAGAAACGGCAUCACCACAAGUCUCGUUCCAGGUCAAGAAGCAGGUCAAAGAAAUCGCCCACACAUUCUUCCAGGUCAAAGCAUCGUUAGUUAUUUCAACCAGAAGUGCAAAAGGUACAGUCACCGUCACACAUCACCUGAACACGCCUCAAGCGCCUUUCUGUUUCUUCUGUGAAGGGUGCAGGAGAUUUAUGGUUUAUGCAGCUUGAAUGUGCUAGCUUAAUGUGUUAGCCUUUGAAAGCGUUCAACUUUUGUGUUACAAAACAAACCUGUGUUCGUUAAAGUUAAGUCACUAUAGAUGUAUCAUCAUUGUUUGAGUUAAGUUUGACGGUGACUGUGCAUACCAUUACGAUAUUCCUGAAACCGAGUACCUCUUCUUGUCAGAGUGAUCACACUGAUACAAAAAAAUAAACCGUACCAAAUGG